AUGAAAAAAGUUUCACAACAGAAUGUCUUAUUUGCUGCUGCAAUGUCAAGUCCCCCAACAACAAUACCGCCUCCCACUACCACUACAUUGGCAACCACAACAACAACAUUCUGGAAUGAAUUGGACAUGGAUUUCAAUGGCAUUGAGCCAACAAACUCCAUAAUUGUUAUCGAUAAAUUGGGCAUUAAAUAUCAAUCAAAUUUAAAUGAAAUUGGCAAAUCAGAACAAAAGCUUAUGGGUGAUACACCAAAGGGUUAUGAUUGGUCAAAGGAUAAACAAGCAUCAGCUGCAGCUACAUUUAAGCCUCUACUGCUGUGUCAUCAUGUCUGGAACUAUGAGUGUUUGGCUUUAAUUUUAAUGCUGAGGUUUGUAUGGUUGAAAUUUUGGAAUUUAAAGGAAACGUAAAAGUUUAAAGAAACAAUUUACAUAACAUAAUCGCUUAAGUAAGCUACUUAUAUACAAAAAUUAAGUUUAAGCCUAAAUAAAAUUAUUAUACAAUAGUUAAAGUAUGAAACUUAAAUAUAAACGAGAUAUAAAGAGCUUUUGUUUUUAUUAAAUGUUGUUAAAUGUAAGACGGUAAAAUUGUAUGAAAUUUAUAAUAAAUUAUACAAAAAUAAAUAAGAAGAAAAUUAAAGAAAAAUAAACAAAUGAAGAAA